AUGCCCCCAUGGGGAAGACCACCAGGGGGCUCGUCGGGUGUGGGGAGAUAUUACGAGGGAGUGCAAGACGACGUUCAUAGGUUUCAAGAAUUGGAUAGUGAAGACGAGAAGGGUGGCGUUGAAUUAAGUCAGGCGUUCCAACCGGCCUUAAAUGGCAAGAGCAUCAAUCCAGAUGAACUAUACUUUAAUGAUAUGGAUAUUAGAGCAUGGGAGCGAAGGACAUCGGCUUUGGGUGAGGCAGCAUAUCGGCCAGACCAUCAGGAUGGUUAUCUUGACGAUAUGGGCAACAAUGUCAAUUCUGCUGAACACGAAGAAGUACUUUUCCGACGAGUACUCGAUAAGAUUCGGAUAGCAAGAGCGGCAGGAAAUACAGACGUAUCGUUGAGCCCAGAGGAGCUAGACGCGUAUCACUCAAGACUUUAUGGCCCAAGAUCGACCGCAGUUCGCCCUGAACCCCAGUCUCGACCAAGCAAUACUUCUUCACACGAUGCCGCAAGUAUGAUCAGCGUUGAUACGACUAGCAAGCACGGCAGUUCCUCCAGGUCGAAGAAGAACCAGCAGCGGAGUUCCAUCUUCGGGUCAAAGUCGAAGAAGGAGAAGUCCAGCAGUCACAAACGUACAUCCACUACAGAUAGUCGUGCACCGCCACCAGGCUUCGUUAUACCUGGCCCGGACGGGCAGCCCAUGUAUGCCCCCAUCAAUGCCUACCAGGGUAACCUGGAUCGUGAACGGGAGCCUUUAAGUCCCGCGUCCCGUUCCGCAUCUGAUACUAGUCAUCAUACUCCCCCGCUUUCGCAUGCCAGUUUCUCUCGGGACAUGUUGGGCGCCUUUCCAGAAUCCGAGUAUGAUUACCGCCCGGCUACCCCUCCACGGCAAGGUCGUUCUAUAUCCUCUCGGCAAGCUGCUUACGAGGCUGAUCUUCCACAAGGCACACGCACAAGAUCGUCUUCCAUCCAGUCUGCUGGACUUGUGCCGUUUCCUGUGGAGCCUUAUCAGUACCAUACUUUCAGUCCGGCGUCUUCUUCCUCAACAGCUUCGCCUCAACCACAGUAUACACGGAGAGUGAGUUCGGGUGUAUCUGAGGCCAGCUAUACAUCGGUCCCGCGACGUGUUCCUAUUCCCGCUCCUGCGUCAGUGACGCUUCAGCGAGCAGCACCUGUGGCGGCCAGUCAUGUUGGCCAGUCGGACCCAGCUUUGUCACCUUCAGCAUCAAGUUCUGCUAUUCCAGUUCAAGCUCAGGAAGCUACGAGAGCCAGUGGCGGUGGGCAUGGAGAAAGACGGCGGAAGAGUGGUAAAAGUAGGAAGAAAGGAUAA